GCAAUUUUUCCCCAUUAUAUAUACCCCAUGCACUCCUUUGCCAAUUCUUCAUUACAAAAAACAAAGAUUUACAAAAACAAAAGGUUUGCUUUCCACGUUAAAAAACAAUAUGGAAUAUUUAAGGAAAACAAGUCAUUAUGUUCUUGUGCUACUCUUCACGUUCUUAGCUUUAGGGGCCGAAGCGGCUCGGAACCUCCGAGAUGACGGCGGCUGGAUAACGGUGAGCGGCGGCCACUUCGAGCUCAACGGCUCUCCUUAUCUCUUCAACGGCUUCAACUCCUACUGGAUGAUGCACGUCGCGUCUGACGUGGGAGAGAGGAACAAAGUCACCGAGGUUCUGCGCGAAGCCUCGGCGGCUGGCCUCUCCGUCUGUCGCACCUGGGCUUUCAGUGACGGGAACCGCUACAACGCCCUCCAAACGUCCCCUGGCGUCUACGAUGAACGCGUUUUUCAGGGGCUUGAUUUUGUGUUAACGGAGGCAAGAAAAUAUGGGGUCCGUUUGAUCCUAAGUUUGGUGAACAAUUAUAACGAUUUUGGAGGAAAAGCACAAUAUACGGAGUGGGCAAAGAAUAACGGAACGGAGAUCCACAGUGACGACGAUUUCUACACUAAUCCUGUGCCCAAAGAGUAUUACAAGAACCAUGUUAAGAGAGUUAUAACAAGAGUCAACACCAUCACUGGGAUCGCGUAUAUGGACGACCCAACCAUCAUGGCAUGGGAGCUCAUGAACGAGCCUCGAUGCGCCACGGAUUACUCUGGGAAGACCGUAAACGAUUGGGUGGAAGAGAUGGCGGGGUACGUGAAAUCGCUAGACAAGAAGCACUUGUUGGAGAUAGGAAUGGAAGGUUUCUAUGGAGAGAGCAAGCCAGAGAGACAGGAAUACAAUCCCGGGUAUAGUGUUGGCACAGAUUACAUCACCAACCAUAUGGUCCAAGACAUAGAUUUUGCCACCAUCCAUGCCUACACCGACCAAUGGGAAUCAGGGAAGAGUGAUGAGGAACAGAUGGCAUUCAUGGUCCGGUGGAUCUCAAGCCAUUGGCAAGACGCAGAGAAUAUACUAAAGAAGCCAUUGGUCCUAGCUGAGUUCGGCAAGUCGAGUCACGACCCUGGCUACACCCUGACUGCCCGCGACACCUUCAUAACCAACGUGUACCGCGACGCAUACAACUUGGCCCACACGGGUGGGACCAUGGCUGGGGCCAUGAUCUGGCAACUCAUGGCUGAGGGCAUGGAGGGAUGGGACGAUGGCUACUCCAUCGUCCUGGCUGAUUACCCAUCCACUGCUCGCAUCAUUGCUGGCCAGUCUUAUGUUAUGGCCAGCUUGUCUCAACACCUCUUCAGUCGCCCCCGCCCUCAUCCCUUCGGUCACGCCUACGACUGCAUCACCCACCCACGCCCUAUUCUCCGCCUCCCUCACAGCUCUCAUCGUCAUCAAGGAAGAGCGGAAGCAUGAUGAUCGUAACCAUUUUUACCUCCUUUUCCGACGAGCGCUUUUGACGUGACCCUCGACCCAGGGUCACGUACAAUAAAUAACUAAUAAGCCUACUAUACGUAGUUAUAAAUACUAUAAGUUCUGGUAUAAACAGUACGGACUAUGUAACUCUUUCUUUAUGUUCUUUUAUAAUACUCGUUGUACACUUCACAUUGAAUAAAACCUUAUAUUUAAU